AUGGCUACCACAAAGACUCCGAUAAGCCUCACUCACGACGCCCUAGCGGCGCUACCAGAUAGCUACUUUAAAACAGUCGAUGAGAGGAAUAUUGAUGCUUUACUGUCUCUUUUUGCUCCCAACGCUACAGUCACGGUUCAGACCGGUAAUAUCACAUACAGUGGUGUGUCGGAGAUUCGCAACAUGUUCACUGCUUUCGUGAACAACUCGAAGACGCUAUCACACGAGGUUAAAAAUAUCGUUGUUGAUCCAGUGAGCAGACAAAUUGUGACCGAGCAAACGUACAGUGGCGAGUUAAUGGAUGGGACUCAGAACGAUAUGUAUAACUGUAAUAUCUUCAACGUUGAUGAAGAUGGGAAAUUUACUCGUAUUAUUAUCUGGAUGUCGGGGGCGAAUCCACUCAAAUAG